AUGUGCAUUGUGCAGCUAGGCUUCCGUUCUGCUGCAAAUUCUGAGACUCCGAACUCAACAAUCUCCAGAGAGGCCGGCACCCAGUCCUCAGCAGCUACAGCCAACCAAGGCUAUGUUUUACCAGAAGGCAAAAUCAUGCCCAACACUGUUUUUGUUGGUGGAAUUGAUGUCAGGAUGGAUGAAACUGAAAUUAGAAGUUUCUUUGCUAGAUAUGGUUCUGUUAAAGAAGUGAAGAUAAUCACGGAUCGAACUGGUGUGUCCAAAGGCUAUGGAUUCGUUUCGUUUUAUAAUGACGUGGAUGUGCAGAAGAUAGUAGAAUCACAGAUAAAUUUCCAUGGUAAAAAGCUGAAACUGGGCCCUGCAAUCAGGAAACAAAAUUUAUGUGCUUAUCAUGUGCAGCCACGUCCUUUGGUUUUUAAUCCUCCUCCACCACCGCAGUUUCAGAGUGUGUGGAGUAACCCAAACACUGACACUUACAUGCAGCCUCCAGCCAUGAUGAAUCCAAUAACUCAGUAUGUUCAGGCAUAUCCUCCUUACCCAAGUUCACCAGUUCAGGUCAUCACUGGAUAUCAGCUGCCUGUUUAUAACUAUCAGAUGCCACCACAGUGGCCUACUGGGGAACAAAGGAGUUAUGUUAUACCGCCGGCUUAUGCAACUGUUAACUACCACUGUAACGAAGUUGACCCAGGAGCUGAAGUGUUGUCGAAUGAAUGCUCAGUUCACGAAGCUGCUCCGUCCCCGGGAAAUGGCUCACAAAAGAAAUCUGUGGACCGAAGCAUACAGACAGUGGUAUCUUGUCUUUUUAAUCCUGAGAACAGGCUGAGAAACUCCCUUGUUACUCAAGAUGAUUACUUCAAGGAUAAAAGAGUGCAUCAUUUUAGAAGAAGCCGGGCAGUACUCAAAUCUGUCUGA